CCGUGCGUCGCGCUCGCGGAGGAUCAGACGCUCCAUAUUUAGCUGUAGCGAGUCUCGCAGAGGCUCUGAGUGUCAGAGAAACCCUGAGAGAGAGUUCAACUCUCAACUUAUUUCAUGUCACCACCGGCGUAAAACGAAGGGAAUACGCGCUAUUGAAAAGCCACAAGCUUCGAGUGAGGAAUCCAGUGAUGAUCGGGGACUUUAAGCGAAGAGAAGACGGCGUUUGACGGGAUUUUUUCCCUGUCAGAAGGGAAUGUAGCUUAGCUGGUUAGCCUGGCCACUAGCAGUAGCAGGCUAGCGCUGUCGAAGAGAGGAGGCGACAUAAGUGGACUUUUACUCGCUAAAACGUCAUAACACCUCAACAAACCGCCUCACUCUUUCCAAAGACGAGUUUCUGAAGGCGUCGUCGUCACAGAAACAGCGAUUCGGGACUGUAUUCGAGGGGAACUUUUCGUUUUAGCUGUCUAGCUAGCUGGCCGUCACGUCAAUCUGUCAACCGAACCUGAAAUCCCGACUAGAUAGUUCGAGGCACCGAACCUCCCUCCUCUGUCGGCCUCUGUUGAUAUACGAGCUUCUGGGAAGGUGGAUUAAGAGCCCGCAACACGGGAGGAGACGCUCGCAUUGGGUUAACGGAACCGGGCGGCCGUCGGGAUCCAAGUAGAGUUUCUGAAGUUCGUCUACUGCGAGCCGGGGACGGAACCGGACAGAGACCUCAUGAAUGGAAAUCGGAACUACAGGAGCCGUUGGGGCCCAGUCCCUGUUCUCCGUGCCACGGAGGCCCGGCUAUGGCACCAUGGGGAAACCCAUCAAGCUGCUGGCCAACUGCUUCCAGGUGGAGAUCCCCAAGAUGGAUGUCUACCUGUAUGAGGUCGACAUCAAGCCUGAGAAGUGUCCACGCCGUGUGAACAGGGAGGUUGUGGACUCCAUGGUGCAGCACUUUAAAGUCACCAUCUUUGGGGAUCGAAGGCCAGUUUAUGAUGGAAAGAAAAGUCUCUACACCGCCAACCCACUGCCUGUGGCACCCGCUGGGGUGGAUCUGGAUGUUACUCUGCCAGGGGAAGGGGGCAAAGACCGACCCUUUAAAGUCAGUAUUAAGUUUGUGUCCCUGGUGAGCUGGCACCUGUUGCACGAGGUACUAACUGGUCGCAGUAUGUCAGAGCCCUUGGAGCUGGACAAGCCAAUCAGCACCAACCCAGUUCACGCUGUGGAUGUGGUUCUACGGCAUCUGCCUUCCAUGAAGUACACACCUGUGGGCCGCUCAUUCUUUUCUGCCCCUGAGGGCUACGACCAUCCUUUGGGUGGAGGCAGAGAGGUGUGGUUCGGCUUCCACCAGUCUGUUCGGCCAGCCAUGUGGAAGAUGAUGCUCAACAUUGACGUGUCAGCCACGGCUUUCUACAAAGCACAGCCAGUUAUUCAGUUCAUGUGUGAGGUACUGGACAUCCACAACAUUGAUGAGCAGCCUCGCCCCCUCACAGACUCCCACAGAGUCAAAUUCACCAAAGAAAUCAAAGGUCUGAAGGUGGAGGUGACACACUGCGGAACCAUGCGGAGGAAGUACCGGGUCUGCAAUGUGACCCGCCGCCCUGCCAGCCACCAAACGUUCCCAUUGCAGUUGGAGAAUGGCCAAACUGUAGAACGAACAGUAGCUCAGUAUUUCAGAGAGAAGUACAACCUGCAGCUCAAAUACCCCCACCUGCCCUGUCUACAGGUGGGCCAGGAGCAGAAACACACCUACCUGCCCCUGGAGGUGUGCAACAUUGUAGCAGGGCAGCGGUGCAUCAAGAAACUGACAGAUAAUCAAACAUCCACCAUGAUCAAAGCCACGGCACGAUCAGCACCAGACAGACAGGAGGAGAUCAGCAGACUGGUGCGCAGUGCUAACUAUGAAGCAGACCCUUUUGUGCAGGAGUUUCAGUUUAAGGUGCGAGACGAGAUGGCCCACGUGACGGGGCGCGUGUUGCCUGCGCCCAUGCUGCAGUACGGGGGCAGGGUGAGCACAGAGCACUUUAUGAAUCGCACUGUGGCCACACCCAGUCAUGGAGUUUGGGACAUGAGAGGGAAGCAGUUCCAUACCGGGGUGGAGAUCAAGAUGUGGGCCAUCGCCUGCUUCGCCACGCAGAGACAGUGCAGAGAAGAGAUUCUCAAGGGUUUCACCGACCAGCUGCGCAAGAUCUCAAAGGACGCUGGGAUGCCCAUCCAGGGUCAGCCGUGUUUCUGUAAGUACGCACAGGGAGCCGACAGCGUGGAGCCCAUGUUCAGACACCUGAAGAACACCUACUCUGGACUGCAGCUCAUCAUCGUCAUCCUGCCCGGGAAAACACCCGUCUAUGCGGAAGUGAAGCGUGUUGGAGACACUCUUCUAGGAAUGGCCACUCAGUGUGUGCAGGUGAAGAACGUGGUGAAAACCUCCCCUCAGACGCUCUCCAACCUCUGCCUCAAAAUCAACGUCAAACUCGGCGGCAUCAACAACAUCCUGGUGCCACAUCAACGGCCUUCAGUGUUCCAGCAGCCAGUCAUUUUUCUGGGGGCGGAUGUCACACAUCCACCUGCGGGAGACGGGAAGAAACCAUCCAUUGCAGCGGUGGUGGGCAGUAUGGACGCUCAUCCCAGCAGGUAUUGCGCCACAGUGCGUGUCCAGAGGCCCAGACAGGAAGUGAUUCAGGACUUGGCCUCUAUGGUGCGAGAGCUUCUCAUUCAGUUCUACAAGUCCACUCGCUACAAACCCACUAGAAUCAUCUUCUACAGGGACGGUGUAUCUGAGGGCCAGUUUAGACAGGUGUUGUACUAUGAGCUGCUGGCCAUUCGAGAGGCCUGUAUCAGUCUGGAGAAGGAGUACCAGCCCGGCAUCACAUACAUAGUGGUGCAGAAACGCCACCACACACGCCUCUUCUGCGCCGAUCGCAAUGAGAGGGUGGGUCGCAGCGGAAACAUUCCUGCUGGUACGACAGUAGACACGGAUAUCACACACCCCUACGAGUUUGACUUUUACCUCUGCAGUCAUGCUGGAAUACAGGGCACUAGCCGACCCUCCCACUACCAUGUCCUGUGGGACGACAACUGCUUCACUGCUGAUGAGUUCCAGCUGCUCACUUACCAGUUGUGCCACACGUACGUGCGCUGUACCCGCUCCGUCUCCAUCCCUGCGCCAGCCUACUACGCCCACCUGGUGGCCUUCCGUGCCCGCUACCACUUGGUGGACAAAGAACACGACAGUGCCGAGGGAAGCCACGUCUCCGGGCAGAGCAACGGCCGGGAUCCCCAAGCGCUGGCCAAAGCUGUGCAGAUUCACCACGACACCCUGAGGACCAUGUACUUUGCCUAAGCCAGCUCACAUCAAGCCCACGUUCGACUAGUCAUGCACACGAAUCCGACAACCACACACACUCGCAGUCACACCUCCCAAAAGCCUGUGCGUCCCGAAGGGUCGAUCUCUGUGGCGAUGGAAGCACGGCUCACCCCAACACUGUGCAGCAGGAUGAGGAAGGCCUGCUUUAAUUCCACACGUGGACCUCGGCGCUAUUAUGCAAUAUUAAACCAGCCAACUGAGGCCGUUCUGUCAUAUCCCCUCCAAACCCUCGACGACAACCAAAAGGGAAGCCCGUCUAUAUCCCCGCUCCUCUUCCUUUCCGUAGACGUAACGUUUAAUCACUUUCCCUGCCCGUCAUGCCUUGUACCUCAACGUUUUCUAACAGCACUUUUUCCCCCCUGUUGUCCUCCCCCUUCCCCCAAAAAUGAGAUUCGAAAGGAAGCAGAUGGAAAGACUGAGUUUGGAAGAAAGGAAGUUUUGGGGAUAGAGGCGUCACACGCUCUUACUAGCAAUUUUCUCAAUGUACUUUUCUCCCGUUCUCAAUUAUUUUUGUAGCCAAUGGUGACUUAACUACGUGUUAAAGUGUCAGUUGUGAAGAACCAAUUGUGCGUUAGCGUUUUAAAACAGAAAAACAAGCUUUUAUUGUUAGAAAAGUGCCAUUGCCGAGCAUAAAAAGUACUUUAUAUGACGUACCCCGCCAGGGGGGCAGAAAGCUGACCGUUGAUUUUAAAGCAAAUUUUUCCAUUUUACGCUCAGUAAUAUCUACCUGGCCUGUGAGCUUUCAUGUACUACAAUGCAAAGUGAUCAUGUUUUGAUAUGCUUUUUUUUUUUCUUUUUUUUUUUUUUAACACCUAAAUUCCCUCCAAUAUUUAUUUGUCUCCAUCAAUCGCAGCUCCAAGCAGAUUCGUCUUGUUCACUUCCCUUCUGCACUUUGUCUCAAUUUGAAACGCAUAGUCCGUGUUAUGUGACAGAUCAUAGUUUAGUGCAAUAAUCCAUUCGCGGGAUGAGAAUACCUCCUGUGCAAAGACUCACGGUUCGCUGGAAGUCCGUAGCGGUGAAAAAGGCAGCAUUGCGGUUGGCUUUUAAGGUGGAGGUGUGCAUGUUUGGCACUUUUAUAGUAUAGUAGGCGAUUCUGAUGAUGGUGUGUUAACAAGUGCCUGCUAGAAACGCUCGAUGUUGGGAGGUCGAACGGAAACGGAUAGAUGUUGUCGGAAAUGACAAACGCACCUCAUCUAGUCCAACCACAUUCGUCUGUACGGCCUUAACAAAAUCUCUUAUAAUGCGGUUUCAACUCAACGUUAACGUCUUGAUUUUCACUGCCCUGCCUGUUCAAAGGAUUUCGCUGCUAUUGUACUUGUUAAAGUCAGACCGGCGGGUUCAUGCUUCGGUUUCGCCUAAGCACGAGGGACUGAUUGGCAGCUCUGGGCCGCGUGUUCAAGGAGAAGCUCUCGCAGCACCUGAAGUGUGCUCGUUCACUGGAGGGCCACUAGGGGUCAGUAUAGUAUUUUACUUGAAGAGUGCAUCUUGGUGCAGUGAGCAUUGGGUGCCUUGCUGUCUCUCUGUGCGCCAUCUGAAGCAUGUCCAGCUGUUUAAAGGUGAUAAUCUGCACUAAAUAAUGCGUAAUGCAUGGUGCUAUUAGGUGCGGCCCAUGGCGGCAUCAGCAAUUGGCAGAGACUUAAUGUAAGAUGGGAACAUGGGAUGCAUAAAUGGUGCUGGUUGCAUAUUUUUCUCUCACUCCGAGGAGAAAUGUCUCAUCAGGACAGACAUUUGGUCGUUUUGUAUGUUUGUUGUUGUUUGUUUGUUCGAUUUGCAUUUGAUUUUAUUGCGCAGAAUGGUACAGCACUGUGGCCAGUCAGAAUACGAUUACGGUCAAUCGCACGAAGCACUAGAAAGUGGAACAUUUUAAUGCAUAAUUAUGACUUUUCGAUAAGAAUUUCAGCCCUUUUCAAAUCCAGAACGGUUUAUGCAAUCGGAUGUUUGAUUCUUAAAUUCUAAAGUAUGAAUAAUAAAGAUUGAAACUAAUGCAGUAGGCUGUUAUAUAGAGGGUUUUCUGCGUUUUUUUUAAAGUGUGCAUUAGAGGUCGGACCUGUAGAGGAAGGUACAUCAUGUUUUAUGCCUAUCGGGCCUGUCAAAAGUGGUUUAAGUGAUGCUGUAAGCAUCGAAACAGCAGCUACUGAAAUUGCGCCCUUUUUAUCUCACCUUCCCUAAUGAAACAAACCACUAUUGGUGCUUCAGAGCCUUGGAAGUAAAGCCGCCCGUGUGCGGAUGCCAAACAGUUUAAGAAGCAAUCUUGAUGAGUUGUCAUGCAAUUUUAUUUUUUUGUGUAGUUUUAACUUCAAAUAUAUAUAUAUAUAUUUUACUAACCCUUGCCUCUUAUUUUGGCAAGAAAUGUCUCUUUAAAGGGAUAGUUCGGUUAUAAGUGAUAAUAAAUUGUUAUUAUUUAGUCAUCCA